UUAUCUUUUCCCAAAAUAAGUAUUGGUGGCGGGUGUUUUUGUCAACUGUCGCGUAGCAAAGGCACAAUGUUGAGCCGAGGCAGCAGUAGUUUCGUCAAACACUUGUUGAGCUCUCGGCGCUUCCACAAACUCCCAUUCCAUGUUCACCCUUUCUCUCCAUCUUCACGCUCUCUUUUCUCACCCUUAUUCAGAAUCCACCGAACUCUAAAGCUAAACCAGCCCAAACCCAUUUCAAACUUUUCUUCAGAGACUUCCACAGCCAGCUCCCUUGUCUCUUCUUACCUUGUAGUCGACGUUCGCUGCCAUAAACAUGUUGCGGUUAGCUUCUUCCUUUCCAAACUUAAGUUGGAGGCUCUUUUGUGCUUUGGAGCAAGCUCUGCCACCAUUGACCAAAAUGAUGCUGAUGACAGUUCUGAGUCUGAUGAGAUAUGUAUUAGUUCCAUAUUUCCGGAAGAUCACAAUAUAAGUUCGUCCAUUUCACAUGCUGCUGAUUCUAUUGGCCUGAAGGAAUUACCUAAAUAUGAAGUUAGGGUGGGCGAGCAAUAUGAUUGGAUAAGGAAAACUCAGGAAUCCUUCAAUCCAGUCGAAGUUACAAAAGGAGUUUGGAUUGUGCCUGAGUGGAGAAGUCCCCCUGACAUUAAAGCAACAAAUAUAAUACUUAAUCCUGGAUUAGCAUUCGGAAGUGGGGAGCAUUCUACUACUAAGCUGUGUCUUUUGUUGCUUCAUAAUUUGAUUAAGGGUGGAGAACUCUUCUUGGACUAUGGCACAGGUUCUGGAAUUCUCGCAAUUGCAGCACUUAAGUUUGGUGCUGCCUUGUCAGUUGGAAUUGAUAUAGAUCCCCAAGCAAUUACAUCUGCACGCCAGAAUGCUGCACUGAAUGAAAUAGGAGCUGAGAAGAUGCAAUUAUGCCUUGUUCCAAACGAAACCUGCACUACGGCAACAGACUCAUGGGGAACAACAGAAGAACAAAGCUGCAAUGAAGUUGAAAUGAUUUCAGAAACGGAGAAAUAUGACAUGGUGGUUGCAAAUAUUCUGAUGAAUCCACUAUUAGAUUUAGCAGAAAAUAUAGUGUCUUAUGCCAAGCCAAGGGCAGUGAUUGCUCUUUCUGGAAUUCUAUCCGAGCAGGUUCCAUACAUUAUGGAGCGUUACUCACCAUUCCUGGAAGGCAUAACAGUGACAGAGAUGGAUGAUUGGGCCUGUGUUUGUGGCACAAAGAAAGCAAAUCCUGCUGCCAACUGAGAAAAAGAUAACCCUGUGAAAUUCUCAACGAAAGUCCCCAUCAACAAAUUCUCUGCUUGGCACAUGAAGAACUUAUUCAAAAACUUCUAACAGUGAACUUAUUUUCCAUGAUAUCCGUUCUAUAUUACACACAAUUUAGAAUACUAUUUAUAAUCAAUGAUAUAGAAACAUACAUCAUUGACCCAUUAAGAUAAUUGAAAAUAUUAAAAAUUGUUAGUGCAA